AAACCCUAAUGGUAUUUAUAGUUUAGUUGCACAAUGCCGCAUUGUUGGUGGAUGUUCCUAAUCUUGCAGAGUUGGAUGUUCGAUUUGCUUUUUGUGAAGGAACUGAUUUUACUGAGGGACAAUAAGAAUCUGGACCGAAUCGGACAGGGGAUUACUGAUUUAAUAUUGUGGAGAGAUGUCGCGAAAUCGACACUCUGGUUUGGUGUAGGGUCUCUCUGCUUCUUGUCUUCUUGCUUUGCUCAAGGAAUCAGCUUCAGGUGUGAUGAAGUCAUUUUUUGUUUGUUUGGCUUAUGUCUACAUGGGUUUUUGAUUGCAAGAGCACCUGGUGAAGGGUGAUAUCUGAUUAUCUUCGUGAUGGCUUAUGUUAUAAGCAUUUUCUCUGCAAUUUGCCAACUGGGGCUUCUCUUGUUGGGGUUAUCUUUCUUCUCCAAUUCCAUCUGUCAAAGGAAUAAUAUUGAGAAGAGGCGUGACAUCCAGUUAAAAGAAGAUGACAUCUUGAGAGUGGCUAGAUUGAUACUUCCUGCUGCUAAUCUCGCAAUUUCAAAGAGGCGAGAGCUUUCUCGGGAGAGCCAUCCAUGACCCUAAAAGUAGCUCCGUUUCUCCUUCUUGGAGCUGAAUAUGGCCAUCUCAUCACGCUUCGGAGGCUAUGCGCAAUUGGGUUCUUUGUCAGCUUCACCGCCCCGAAACUAUACUUGCGCUAUUCAGCUCGGAUAAGCCAAAAAGUUGAGUGCUCCAAAUGGUGGGUUCUUGAAGCGUGGGUUGCUUGCUCCCACAAGAAAAUCGUGGCCGCAUCAGCAAUCAUGGCCUUCUGGAACCUGACGACUAUAAAAACUCGCUUGCUCACAGCGUUCAUAUCUGUCGUGGUUCUGCGUUACCAUCGACAACAUUCGGGAGCAAAUCUUGAAGUAGCUGCAGAAGCUGAAAAGGAAGAUUUAGCACAGGAGCAGCCGGACAAGGCUAUAGUUAUCGCAGAAAAGAUGUCCUGUGACUAGUGCCGAGGCUUUAUCAGCGACAUCCGAGACACUGUUGUACUGUCCGAGGAGCGUUGUAGAUCU